AUGGAUGUACCAGAAAUAAAUGGGAAAUCUUUACCUAAUUCAAAUAAUGAUAAUAUAAAUUCAAAUAUUAAUCACAAUCAAUCUAUAAAAGUUGAUAAUAAUAUAUCGUCCAAUACUCCCUCAUUAAUUAAUAUAAAUAAUACAAAUGGAAUUAAUAUACUAAACACUGAUUCUCCUUCAUGCAAUAAUUACAACAAUAACAAUAAUUGUUGCAAUAAUAAAAGUGAAUUUCAAUCGAUCAAAAGCAGUAUUCCUAAAUUAACUUUACCAUCAUUUCAACAAUUAACUUCUUCACAAAAUUCUUCAAUUAAAUCAAUAUUAGAUGGUUCAACUAGCAAUAGUAAUACACCACCUAUAUCAUUAACAUCAAGUAAUUCAAGUUCGAAUUUAACUAACCAGCCCUCUCCACAACUUCAGUCUCAAUUUAGUAAUCAUCAUCAAUACCAGCAACAAUCAAUAUCUAAUUAUCAACGUAAUCUACCUUCAUCAUAUCAAUCUCAACAUUCUUCAUCUUUAAGUGGCCCAUCUUCACAUCAACAUUUAAAUGAGAAUGAGAAAAUACCUCACAAUAAAGUUUCUGAAGAAAGUUCGAACUCAAAUUCAAAAGUUAACACCAAUUCACCAAAUACUCCUUUAUCAAAUUUGAUUCCUUCGCCUACUUCAAGUUCUACACCAACAUUACAACAUGGUAAUAAACAAAGACUACCUAGAAAAUAUUUCUGUAAAACAUGUAAUCAAGGAUUUACUAGAAAACAUAAUAUGGUAAGUCAUGAAUUAAUUCAUUCAUCAUUAAAACCUCAUGUUUGUAAUAUAUGUAAUUUAAAAUUUCGGAGGAUUCAUGACUUAAAAAGACAUGAAAAAUUACAUACUGGAGAAAAGCCAUUUAGUUGUGAUAAAUGUUCAAGAAGAUUUGCAAGACCAGAUGCUUUAACUAGACAUCAAAACUCUGCCAAUGCAUGUUCGGGAUUUAAUAAUAAUAAUAAUAAUAAUAAUAAUAACUAUAAUGAUCAACCUCACAAUAGAGUAACUUUAAGUUUUGAUAGUGGUGAUGAUAGAGCAUCUACUCCUCAAAGACCUGCUUUAAAAGUAAAUCAAAAUUCAAAUGGAAGUGGAAAAAGUAAUAAUUCAUCUUCAUCAAUUAUGACAGAAAGCGGAUCAUCUCAAUUUAGUUCAAAUGGUUAUCAGGAAUCAAGUAGUGGAGGUUCAAAUCAUUCAGUUGGUAUACCCACAUUAAAAACUAUUGGCUUAACUCCGAAUGAUUUGAAAAAUAAAGAUGGUCACUCACUGCAGGAUCAUAAUCCUAAUUUACCAAACGUAGAAGAAAAUGAUCAUUAUUCAAGAUCUAGUAGCAUUAUUCACCAACAACCACCACAAGCACCUCAUCCUUCUCAACAUUGGCAAUUAAGUGUAAAGAAUUCAUAUCAAAAUCAACAUCCUACUCCAUUACCACCACCAAAUUCAAGUCAAGUACAACAAAAUCCAACUACUAUACCACCAUUACAUUCAAUACAUCCUAUACCUUUUAAUCCAUUUACUCAGUUAAGUUUUAGUGGCAAUCAUAAUCAAAAUCAAAAUCAAAAUCAAAGUACUGCAUUACCUCCAUUAUUAUCUGCUUUUCCAACAGCUUCACUAUAUAAUAGUCAAAUAAAUCAUCUGUCAGCAGGACUAAAUUCUACAGUGUCACAGCCGAAACCAGCAGAUGUAGCAUAUCAAGAUACGAAUAGAGAGCUUCAACAUCCAAAUCAGCAAAUUCUAAUAAAACAAGAACAAAAUGGUAUGAACAGUGGUAAAGAAAAUGAAAAAAUAUCAACAUCAUUAAGAUCAAUCACAGCUACUGAAAACCCACAAAUUUUAAAUGCAACAGGAAAACCAAUACAAAUCAAUUCCAUUUUGAGUGAUAAAAAUCAGCAACAACAACCACAACAACAACAAUCACAGCAACAACAAUUUCCAUUUCCAUCACAUCCAAAUUUACAAACACGACCAAAUUUACAUUUACUGCAUGAUUUAAGAGAAGAUAAUGAGGUCAAUUCCAAAUAA